AAUGUUACUUGCUAUUGUUGUGGUGCAAAUGGACACUUUGCUUAUGCUUGUCCUCUAAAAAGAUUAAUAGCUCAAGGUAUGCCUUGUGAGCAAAAUGAAAAACAAAUGGUAUCUAGAUAGUGGAUGCUCAAGGCACAUGACGGGUGAUCCUUCACAAUUCUUAUCACUCAUGCCUUUGGAUGGUGGAACCGUGACCUUUGGUGACAAUGGGAAAGGAAUUGGUGAAAUUGGUAACAAAUCUAUUUCUUUUGAUGAUGUUUGGUAUGUGGAUGGAUUGAAGCAUAACUUGCUUAGUAUUAGUCAAUUAUGUGAUCGCAUGCUUAAUGUUGUAUUUUUCAAGUCUCAUUGCAAGAUUAUUGAUUCUAGAAAUGAUCAAGUGUUGUUUGUUGGCAAAAGACUUAAAAAUGUGUAUGUGAUUGAUUUGCAUGAUAUUGAUGCUAAUAUUUGUCUUACCUCUAUAUCUCAUGAUGAUACUUGGUUGUGGCAUAGAAGAUUAGGACAUGCUAGCAUGAGUGUUAUCUCUAAGUUAUUAAAGCAUGAUCUUGUUGAUGGCUUGCCUAAGGUGAAUGUAAAUAUUGAUAGUGUGUGUGAUGCAUGCAUGAAGGGUAAGCAAACUAGAGUUUCCUUUAAGACUAAGAAGUGCAUCUCUACAAAUAGACCUCUUGAGUUACUUCAUAUGGAUUUGUUUGGACCUAUGUGCACUCUAAGCAUUGGAGGAAAAUCAUAUGUGCUUGUUGUAGUUGAUGACUAUUCUAGAUUUACAUGGGUUGCUUUUCUUGCACAUAAAAAUGAUGCACUUCAUGCUUUCAAAUGUCUUUAUAAAAAGCUUCAAAAUGAGAAAAGUUUAACUAUUGUUUCUAUUAGAAGUGAUCAUGGGGGAGAAUUUGAAAAUAAUGACUUUGAAGAUUUUUGCAUUGAACAUGGUAUUGAUCAUAAUUUUUCAGCCCCUAGAACUCCUCAACAAAAUGGGGUGGUUGAACGGAAAAAUUGUACUAUUGAGGACAUGGCAAGGACUAUGAUUUGUGAGAAUGAUUUGCCAAAAUCCUUUUGGGCCGAAGCCGUUGCAACUUCUUGUUAUUUGUUGAAUAGAGUUAUGGUGAGGCCUAUUCUUAAUAAAACCCCCUAUGAAAUUUACAAAGGAAGAAAACCUAAGAUUUCCUACUUUAGAGCUUUUGGUUGUAAAUGCUUUGUCUUGAACAAUGGAAAGGACUCCCUUGGAAAAUUUGAUUCUAAAAGUGAUGAAGGCAUCUUUGUUGGAUACUCUACUUCUAGUAAAGCUUACCAUAUGUAUAAUAAACAUACUAAAGUUGUUGAGGAAUCUAUUCAUGUUGUAUUUGAUGUGACUAACCCUAUUUGCUUUAGAAAGUCUUGUAAUGAUGAUGAUGUAGAUGCCAUUGGAAAACAAAUAAAAGAUAUAAAUCUCAAGGAGGACAACACCAAGGAAGCUCAAGAUGAGAAAAAUGAGGAGGGCAAGCAUGAAGAAGUGCAACAAAAACAUGAGCUAAGAGAACCAACUUUCCCAAGAGAAAGAUCCUAUGUCAAAGGUAAUGAAAUUCUUGGGGAUCCAUCAAAAGGGCCGGCUAUGGAAGAAAAUAGAAUGUGCAGGAAACCCGUAGAGCCGGCUGCAGAAAUGGUGAACCGGCUGUACAGAGUCGGCUCUAGGAAGUUAAGCCAACUCUCCUGACAAUCCUGCAACUCGAGCUUUGCGUCCUGCAGGGCAUUUAAUGACCCCCAACGGCUAGAAAUGGCUAUAUUCGAGCAAGGGGCUAUAAAUAUGGUUGGUAACAGAUUUGAAGAAGUUUGGAGAACAUUAUAUUGAAUAUCUUUACCUACCAACUUGUGUUUUAACUAGAAAUUUUGAUCUUUGAGAGAUCUUUGUUUGUAAUCCUCUUCUUGUGCUAUUAGUGAGUGAUCUUGGGGGUGUGUUGAUUCCUUCAAGAGUGAUCUAUUAAGAGGAUUUGUGGGGUUUACAUUGUAAAGGGGUGAGGUUUGAAAGAAAUAUUCAUCUUCUUG